AUGAGGUCUUCCCAACAUGGCCUCGCGUGCCCGCCUGCUACAGCAACCGAAACCAAGGCAGCGGUCAAGAGUGGAAUGGCGGUCACCAGCGACCGUGCCGCCGCGCCUUGCCGCAGACGUAGGGAAAGCCGCAGGAUGCAGCACUCGAGCAUGACGCUGGGCUUAUGUGCUCUCCUGAGGCCUCGGAGGGGCAGCGCCUGGGGAGGAGGGCACGUGGUUGUCGAGGGUUGGAGGCACCCGGUUGGACCGUUCAUUCAGCCCCAGCGACAGCAGCAGCAGAAGGUCCUCGAUGAUUCCUUGCGGCACCGGUUUGACGCCACGUUCUCGCGGCACAGCAGCGGCGGGUGCCCCAGAAGAGGCAACAGGAGGCCUCGCGUGUUGAUGUCUUCAGUCGCAGCAAGCGAUAGCGGCAGCAACAGCGGCGGCAGCAUGAACACGGCUGCUGCUGCUGCAUCGUCACCGUUUCCGGAAGGAGAAGACGCCGCCGCCCUACCCAGGCCGCUGCCGCCUUUGCUACCGCCGGCACCGUCUACAGGCCAGUUGAACGGUGGCGUUAGUACCACCUCUGCUGCUACGCUUUCGGAGGCGGCGAGAUCAAGCGAGGCGAACAACAUCAACACCAGCAGUGCAAGCGAAGCUCAGGGAAGGAGGCGAGCAAGAGGCCCUCCGCAGCGACGGGAGGAGAACCAGAAGGAAGACAAGGACGUAUGCCAGGAGAAUCAGUGGGGGGUAUCCACCUCGCAGCUGGAGCAGCAGCAGCAGCAGCAGCAGCAGCAGCAGCAGGCGAAGGCGCAGGAGAUGAGACAGCUCGGCAAGAAGGGAAAGUGGAGAGAGGCCCUUGAGGUGUUGAGGUCCAUCCCCGGGCCCAGCAGGCAGAAGCAGGAGUAUGUCGCGGCUAUUGCGGCUUGUGACUUUGCCCGAGAGCCGCGUCAAGCGCUGCGCGUUCACGGGUUGAUGGUGCAGCAAGGGCUGGAACCUACCCCGGAGAGCGUGCUGCUUGUCGUACGAGGGCUUCUUCAAGCGGGCGACGCCACCACCGCCCUCCGGGUGUUCCGCAGCAGCGGCGUUGGCAUUCGAGGUCGUCCCUACAAGGCUGGGAGGACGGCCGAUGACUCUGCGUCGACAAUGAACGCGCUGUACGCGGUGGUCAUUCGUGCGGCGCAGAAGGCCGGUGAUUGGAGGCUAGCUGUGGUGCUCUAUCGAGAGAUGGAGGCCGUGAAGCCCGGCCCGUCUGCCGCGACGGCAACGGCGGUGUUCCUCGCGUGCUAUGCCGAGCAAGAGUACGCGGCGGCGGCAUCGUUCGCGUCAGACGCAUUGCGACCACCUUGGGAGGAGGUCACGCGUCGGCGUGUGCUGAUGAACAAGAUCAUCGUAGCGUGCGGGAGGGCUGGACCCGACAACUAUCAGCAGGCGCUGGACACCUUCGAAGACCUCGACCGCACGAUCGGCGCGGACGGGUACACCCUUACCGCCGUCAUAGACGUCCUCCGUCGGGUGGGAGAUUGGCGCCGAGCCCUCGCCCUCCUCGACCGCCUCACCGAACUCGGCGUCACCGCGAACCGGGGUCUCCGGACCUCCGUGAACGCGGUGCUGUCGGCCAUGGGGCCGGACAACUACCGCCGCGCGCGGGAGCUCGUGGAGAAGGCGACGGUGGAGUGGGGGGUGGACGGCGACGUCGUGACGUACGGCACUCUCCUGCUGCUCGCUAGCGCGCGAUUGCCCCCGCCGGCCCCGCUAGGGGCAACGGGGACUCCGUCGCUGGCACCGGCAGCGGCAGCGGCGGCGGCGGUGCCACCAGGGUCGGCUUAUCCGGCGGAUGGGCCGUUCGGGGGGGAAGGGGGGCAGGAAGAAGAGAGCGGGCAGUGGGAGACGGUCAACGUCUUCCGGUGGGCGGUGGCUGCCAAGGAGGUGCCCUCCGAGGCCUGCCUGGACAUGGUCAUGUUUGGGUUGGCGAGGGACGGGUUGUGGGAGGAGGCGACGGCGUUCGUUGAGGCUAUUGGGCAGGCUGGCCUCAAGCGAGAGGCGCUACUGUCUGCCCUCUCGAACGGCGAACAAUGGGCUGGCGUCGUUGCCCUGGUGAAGUCGAUGCUGGUAGAUUUGGAAGUCGUCGACAAUGCGACGGUGGGGUUAGCGAUGAAGGCCUACGCCAAGCUCGGCCUAGAGACGCACUGGAGAUCGGCGUUGUCUGUGAUAAAGCAGGCCCAACGCGCCUCCAGAGGACGCUCGCGCGUGGUAGCUGCGGACGUGUUGGAUGGUUCGGCGUGGAGGUGCUUGCUGGCCGGUUUGGCUAGCGAGGGUCUGCACGAAGAGGCCGGUGUGGUGAUGCAGGCGAUGGCGGAGGCAAGGGUCAGGGUAGACAAGGACUCCACCGCGGCUGUGGUUCUGGCGGCCUACAAGGCGGGGGAUCACGCCGCCGCCAUCGCAUGGGUCGAUCGCCUAGACCGCGCGGGCCUGCCCGUUUCCCGCAACGGUUACACGGCGGGGGUGAACGCCUGCUGCGCUCUCGGGAAACCCGAUGCCGCGAUCAGCAUCCUGGGGAUGAUGCUGGAAGGGCGGCUGGUUCCAACCGCGUCCGUGUACAACGCGGUUUUGGAGUCGAUCUGUCCCGCCUCCGAAGGGGGCUACUCCGCCCGCGUACGCUUGCGGGAUAGCAGUCCGGCGUUGUCGGGUGGGAGACUAACCGAAGAGGCCGAUGGUAGUGGAGGCGAGGAGGAAUUGAACGGCCUUUUUCGUGCGAGGGAGAGAAGGGAGGACGGGGAACGGGACGAGCCGGCGGGGCUUAUUCGAGACACGACGGCAGCGGCGAAAGCCGACAGAGCGUUGUCGUUGUUCGAGGAGAUGUGGGCGAGGGAGGUGCCAAUGAAUGGAGUCACGUACGCGAUAGUCAUCUGCGCGCUGCUAAGGGCAGAGCGAGAAGACCAAGUGUUGAGGUUGUGGACACUGGCGUGGAGCGACCCCCGCACGAAGAAGCUGCGAACAGACAUGUCGAACCGAGCUCUCGGCAUAUGCAAGGAUCAGAGACGGGGCGCCCUCGCCGUCCGGCUGCUGCAGCUUGGCGCACGGCUCUCACCGAAGGGCCUGAACGACGUGGCGUGGCCGGGACCAGGGCCGUACUGGGUUGCUAUGGAAGCGUGCGAGCGAGAGGGGGCAACCGCUUGGCGCGACGCUCUCGCUCUCGUCGACAAGCGGAACCGCAGCCCCCUCCCUCCCGACGAUUCAUUCUCGGAGGCCGGCGCCGGCUUGUUGCAGCAGGCCGCCGCCUUGGGGGUUAGCGAUGCCGUCCAGGCCGCCUCGACAAGGGUAUGGGAAAAGCGGGAGAAGAAGAGUAACAGCAGCGGAGGGGGCGGGGGCAGGCGAGUUGGGAGGUUCAGAGCGGCGGCGGCGGCGGCGGCGGCUGCUGCUAGUGCAGCGGUGGACCAGCGGGCUACGAGCGCUGACUGACGGGGGCGAGGGCGGGAAAUCCUCAGCGAACCCGCUAGGAAACUCCUGAGGCUUUGAGCUGUGCAUUGCACGGCAACGAGGUUCUGAAUUGUCCGUCGACCCUACGCACUUAGGGACCGGUCACGACGGUUACGAUUCGAAAAGGCUGAGAGGGACUGUCUUGCCGCAGUGCAUGUUAUUCGGCAAUCGGCGCCCUUGUCUUUUGAGAGGAUGCGGUGGUGCGCGGGGAGCCGAGGCACGCAUUGUGCAAUUCCAUAAACCAAUGGGUUACCUGAAGCUAGCCAGUUGCUGUGGGAUUCUCUCGCCGCGUGCGUGCGGUAGAAAAGAAUUAUUUCCCCUGUGCGCGUUUUUGUCGGUACGUGAUUCGUAUGGACAUGCUUCGAUUUUGAGGCGGUGAGGUGUUGGUGUACAUCGGGUAUCAGGAAUGAGACGACGGAAACUAACUCCCGGUUCUGAUUGGUUGGACAUGGAAUAGUGGUGGUUCUUCUUCACUCGAUCGAGCGUGUUGCGUGGUCUGGAUCUGUUCCGAGUUUUCCCACCUGUUUUUUUUGCGGGAAAAUGCCAGUCAGUAGAGUUAGAGACUGCGGCGGCGCAUGACGCAGGUGCUGAGCUGUGCAUUCGAGAGUGUACUUGAAUUUGAAACCAUGUGUAUUUGCCGACGUUUAUUUAUCCCUGGUAUCGAACGUUUUUGGUGGUUGGUGUGAGGCGAAACAGAGAAGAGGUGGGUCGUUCGCCAUCGGCAUACUGCGGAAAAGGGGGUAACAAGGUCCCUCUUUUCGACGACGUGCAAGGAUCCCACGAAGUGCAGGGGCAGGGGAUUGUCACGAGAUCUGAGCGUAGUCAUUGUGCAAGCGAAGCGAAAACCUGAGUGGGGGAAGCGCUUUGUCGGCCCGGUGUGCUGCUACCUGCUCAAGGCUGGCCUCACGCAGUGUAAAAGAGUAGGGACAAGUUCCAUGCCCCUCCGUUCAGAUCAACGUUGAAGGGGCACCCAAAUCCC